AUGGCCAGUGGUGGAACGGGCAGCAAGCUCACCAGAGUCAUCAUUAUCCUCGCGGGAGUAUCGUCGCUGCUUGCUACUCUAAUUUCAUGCGUAUCGAUAUGGCUUCAGUCCAAGAAUUACAGGAAACCCUUAUUGCAACGAUAUGUCAUUCGAAUCCUGCUCAUGGUCCCCAUUUACUCUGCGGCGUCGUGGGCCUCGAUCGUGUCGCUCAAGGCUGCCUUCUACCUCGACCCUCUUCGUGACAUUUACGAAGCCUUCACCAUCUACACUUUCCUCCAACUCCUCGUCAACUUCCUCGGCGGCGAACGAUCCCUCAUUAUCAUGAUGCAUGGGCGAGCGCCUGUCUCGCACCCAUGGCCGAUAAGUCUUUGGUGCCCCAAGAUGGAUAUCUCGGAUCCACACACUUUUCUCCUGAUCAAAAGAGGGAUUUUGCAAUAUGCCUGGCUCAAACCUGUCCUCAGUGUUGCCACCAUCAUCCUCAAGCUCACGGGGACAUACCAAGAAGGCUAUAUCUCCUUGACCUCGGGCUACUUCUGGACGGGCUUGUUGUACAACGUCAGCGUGACCAUGAGCUUGUAUUUCCUGGCUAUGUUCUGGGUGUGUAUGCAUGAGGAUCUCAAGCCUUUCCGACCCAUGCCAAAGUUCUUGUGCAUAAAGCUCAUCAUUUUCGCCUCGUACUGGCAAGGAUUCUUCCUGUCUAUCCUUCAAUUCCUAGGGGCUAUCCCGAAUGAUGUCCCAGGUUACACUCCGGACAACCUUGCUGCAGCCAUUCAAGAUGCUCUGAUCUGUUUCGAGAUGCCCAUCUUCGCUGUCGCGCAUUGGUAUGCCUUCUCCUGGCAUGACUACGCCGACGUCACCAUUUCGGCAGCUCGGAUGCCCGUCAAGUACGCGUUAAGAGAUGCCUUUGGUCCCAUGGAUCUGAUCCAGGAUACCAAAGAGACAUUCAGAGGAAAGGAUUACGACUAUCGAACGUUUGACUCUGGGGACAAUGUGAUCGCUCACGAGGAGUCCCACUCGCGCGUUGCUAGGAUGAUGGACGGCAUGAGGUAUGAAAGGGGGGGGAAGGGCAAGUACUGGAUCCCAAAGCCGCAGGGUCCUAACAGUCGGACACCACUAUUGCCAAAGGACGGGUCAUCUCGAGCUCCAGCGCCAGAAUCUCGAGGCAAAGCACACGAAUACCGAGCAGCAGACCCUGAUAUCGAGAUUGGGAUUGAUGCGGAAGACGAACGAUUAUUUACCAAUGCGCGGGCGCUGGAAUUCGGCGAUUGGAACUAUCCUGUCAUUACCGCGCACGAAGCACGACGUGAAGAUUGGCUGCGGCGUGAUCCUAACUUGCUAACUACCUCUACAAACCGUAACCUCUUUCAACCGACUCGCGACAGGAAGAGCCGCCGCCAAAGCGAGAUCCAGGAGAGUAUUCGGAAAGGGAAGAAUCGGAGCACGUCACCUUCCGAAAGCUCCUCACAGCAAGGUGCCAUCGAAGCAAAGUUAAAACGCCCCAAAGAACGUUCCCCUUCGGCUUCGGGGAAGUCUGACCGCAGCCAACUCGUAGAUCUCGUUGUUGAGGACGAAGAGGCGGAAGAGGCGGAGCGAGUCAGAGCUCGGAAGGAAGGCAGUGAUGCCUGGAAUCGAAAACCCCAACGACAUUUCGUGCGUACCUACAGCAUCGACGAGGAGGCACCAGAAGGACAGGAGAUACGAGAAGGCUGGGAUCCGGCUAGCGUGCCCGCGAGACCGCCACCUCCGGAGAGGGCAGUGAGUGACGACGAGAACAACUUUAUCGACCACAAGGAUGAAGAAGAGUCUCGGACAGAGCGGGGAGAAGGCCAAUAUGCCAACAUGAUCGAGGAAGAUAAUGUUUGGAGCCGGAGUUGA